AUGUUAUUUAUUUCCUCGAAAAGUGACAAAAAGUCGAAUAAUAUAGGUAUGAGUGAAGAGUGUAUUGAAAAUCCUGAGCGAAUUCAAAUUGAUGCUGACUCAAUCAAGCACCAAAAUCAAGUAAAUUUGAAAGAAUUGAUAAAUCCAAACAAGGGCGACAAUUCUGCUUUGCUUAUACUGAAUCAAAAGAUCGAUAUUCCUAAAGAAUUGUUCUACAAGAUCUGGAAACUUCAUGACCUGAAAAUAUGUGCAGAUGGCGCGGCGAAUAGAUUAUAUGAUUAUGUAAAGGACGAUGAAUCCAUAAGGACCAAAUAUCUCCCUGAUUAUAUCAUUGGUGAUCUGGACUCACUAUCAGAAAAGGUUUUCAACUACUAUAAGGAAAAAAAUGUUGUUAUAAUUAGACAAACCACACAGUAUUCAACUGAUUUUACUAAAUGUGUAAAUUUAAUUUCUCUACAUUUCAAUUCACCAAAGUUCCAUUCCUUGAUAUCCAACAAGAACGCUCUUCAGUCAAAUCAUGGAAUUGAGUUAGAAGAGGGUAUCCAUACUUUAUACAAUAGUAUGACCAAAUCCUUAGUUUUUUCGCAAGUGACUCCAAUAAGCUUAUUGGCCCUAGGAGGUAUUGGUGGUAGAUUUGAUCAGACGAUCCACUCAAUAACGCAAUUAUACACCUUAUCCAAAGAGGCGAGUUAUUUUAAGCUGUGUUACAUAACUGUAACUGACUUAAUUUUCUUAAUCAACAAAAAUGGAACUUUAAUUAAGUACGACCCUCAGUUUAGAAAUUCUUGUAUAGGAAAUUGUGGAUUGUUACCUAUUGGAGAAGCUACUGUGAUUAAUGAAACUCGAGGUUUAAAAUGGGAUGUUAAGAAUUGGCCCACUAGCGUGGUCAAUGGAAGAGUGAGCAGUAGCAAUAGAUUUGUCGGAAAGGAAUGUUGUUACAUUGACACUAAAGAUGACAUAAUUUUGAAUAUAGAGAUAUUUGUUGAUAAAUUAAUAAACUUUUUGUGA